UAUGAGCCGGCUCCUCUGCACUGGUGGGUCCUACAGGAAAUGAGAAAAGAUGACAGUCCAUAACUUGUACAUAUUUGACCGAAAUGGAAAGUGUCUGUAUUACAACGAGUGGAACCGUAAGAAGCAAGCUGGCAUCUCAAAGGAGGAGGAAUAUAAACUGAUGUAUGGGAUGUUGUUCUCCAUCCGCUCCUUUGUCAGCAAGAUGUCUCCUUUGGACUUGAAGGAGGGCUUCCAGUCCUUUCAGACUAGCCGCUAUCGUCUUCACUACUUCGAGACGCCCAGCGGACUCAAGUUCGUCAUGAAUACCGACCUCUCUGUGAACAACGCCAGGGAGGCGCUACAGCACAUCUACAGCAACCUGUACGUGGAGAACAUCGUCAAGAACCCCACGUGCGUAUUGGGUAACACUUUGGACAGCGAGCUCUUCAGCACACGACUGGACGCUUUCGUCAGAGCGCUGCCGUAUUACAGCCCACGCGCCACUUGA